GAAAUUUCACAUGAAGAGUAGGUGCGGUUCAUGUAGAGGAUUUCAUUUGCACCGUCUUCUUCUCUCGUUCACUCGACACCUCUCUUCUGCUCUCCAUCGGCCGCCGAUCGUGGGUUGCUCGUCAUGCUUCGCUGAACAUUUGCUGGAGUUUCCGGUGGUCAGUUCGUUCCAGAUGAAACGUGCGGAGGAAGACGAGGAGGACGAGGACGAGGGGAGCGCGAAGAGGGACGGUGGUGUCGUCUUUCGACCACCCCUGGACCCCAGCCCGAGCUCGAGGGGACACGUUUUCCAGCUGAACUGGACGGAGGACGAUGAGGUGGACGAGGACGAGGAGGACGAGAGUGAGAAGAGGAAGUGGGACGAGAUGGACGAGGACAUCCUGAUCGUCAUCUUCCAGAAGAUCGAUCUCGAGGACUUGCUGCUUGGUGUGCCGUUCGUCUGCCGCUCGUGGAGGGAGGCGUCCAAGCACCCACUCUGCUGGAGGUCCCUGAACUUCCGGUCCUGGGAGCGUCUUUUCCGUAGGUACUUCUCCCAGCCCGCGGAGCGGAUCGUGCUCGACUUCUCCAAGCUGCUCAGAUACGUGGUUGACAAGACCGGCGACAAUCUGAGGUCCAUUGUCUUCCCCAGGCGCGACGUCACCGACAGAACCCUACUCUAUGUCUCCCAACGUUGUCCUCGGCUUAAAAGCCUUGAUUUUCAGGGCCGGUGUGAUAUUUCUAAAGGAGCCUUCUGCAAGGCGCUCUGUAACUGGAAGGAACUUGAGGUCAUUAACUUGAUUACUCCUCCACUGCUUUGCAAAGAGACAAUCUCAGAGAUGGGUAAAUGUUGUGAAAAUCUUGUUCAGCUUAGAACAAGGGGACUGAUAUCAGAAGAAGAAGUAUUCGCUGUGGCUUCGGAGCUUCGAAAUUUGAGAGUGCUCAAUUUGAGCUUUUCUUCAUUAACUAAUAAUGGUCUAUUGACUCUUUUAAAUGAAUGCAGAGCUUUGGAAUACCUAGAUAUCAGCAACUGUUCUCAUGUUAAAAUUGAUGAUGAGAUACUUGAUAAGGCUUCACAUCUUAAGGACUUCAAGUAUGGGUGUAUUGAAAGUGAUGAUGAAGAAGAUACUAGGCCCGUUAGAGGCCUCAUCUAUGAAGAGUACGUGUUUGGAAGUGAUGGAUCAUACCAUGGUGAAGUCCAUAUGGUAUUCUCGUAAAGUAACUAAUUUGGAGGUAUUGCUAGCAAGCUAUGAAAGUAUCUGCCAAAGUUGGGGAAAUACAUACUUGACUGUAUUUUUUUCUUUUUCCGGUUGUUUGAUAGUGCAAGAAUUUUUUUGCUUUUUUCUUGGAAGUCUGGACGUUAAUACUUUGUACAUGGUCUGAAGCUUUAAAGCACUUUCCUCUCC